AUGGUUUACUUCAACUCUCAAAUAGCCGAUUCGAUAGCACCAUAUAGAAAUGUUCGUCGAGUACAGUUUGGAAUAUUAUCUCCCGAUGAGAUAAAACGUAUGUCAGUGACAAAUCCUCCAAUUGAACAUCCAGAAUUGAUGGAAGGAGGAAAACCUAAAGAUCGUGGUCUCAUGGAUCCACGUCAAGGUCCACCAGAUAGAAAUUCUAAAUGUAAAACAUGUGCUGGAUCAUAUAUUGAAUGUCCUGGACAUUUUGGUCACAUUGAAUUAACAAAGCCGGUUUAUCAUGUUGCUUUUCUUGCAAAAACUUUGAAAGUUUUACGUUGUGUGUGUUAUUAUUGUUCAAAAUUGCUUAUUGAUCCAAGUGAUCAAAAAAUUAUUGAUAUUAUGAAAAAAACCAAAGGACAAUAUCGUCGACGUCUUGCUUAUGUUUUUGAUGCUUGUAAAGGACAAAAAACUUGCAAAGGAAGUGAAAACCAAAAUCAAAAUGAAGUAACAACAAAAUUUUCUGGUGGUUGUGGUCGUCCUCAACCGAAAUAUCGUCGAUCUGGUUUAGAUUUAUCUAUUGAAUGGAAGGAAGCACCAGAUGAAAAUCAAGAAAGAAAAACGAAAUUAUCAGCUGAACGUGUUCUUUCAAUAUUUAAAGCUAUACCAGACCAAGUUUGUCAUCUAUUAGGAAUGGAUCCACGUCAUGCCAGACCAGAUUGGAUGAUUAUUACUGUUUUACCUGUUCCACCUAUGUGUGUUCGUCCAUCAGUAUUAGUAUUUGGUACAGCUCGUAGUCAAGAUGAUUUAACAUACAAUUUAGCAAAUAUAUUAAAAGCAAAUAAAACUUUACGUGAAGAUGAACAACGUGGUGCAGCAUCACAUAUAUUUGAUGAACAUCUUCAAUAUCUUCAAUAUCAUUGCGCAACAUUAAUUGAUAACGAUAUGCCUGGAAUGCCACAAUCAUGUCAUAAAAGCGGAAGACCACUUAAAUCAAUAAAAGCGCGUCUCAAAGGAAAAGAAGGUCGAAUUCGUGGAAAUUUAAUGGGAAAACGUGUUGAUUUUAGUGGCCGAACAGUAAUAACACCAGAUCCAAAUUUAGCAAUUGAUCAAGUUGGUGUUCCACGUUCAAUAGCACAAAACUUAACUAUACCUGAAAUAGUGACACCAUUUAAUAUUGAAUGGUUACAAGAAUUAAUUCGUCGUAAUGCAGCUAAAUAUAUCAUAUGGGAUACAGGCGAUAGAAUUGAUCUUCGUUUUCAUCCGAAACCAUCAGAUUUACAUCUACAAUGUGGUUAUAUUGUUGAAAGACAUAUGAUGGAUGAUGAUUUAGUUGUUUUUAAUCGUCAACCAACAUUACAUAAAAUGUCAAUGAUGUCACAUCGUGUUAAAGUUUUACCAUGGUCCACAUUUCGUCUAAAUUUAAGUGUAACAACACCAUAUAAUGCUGAUUUUGACGGUGAUGAAAUGAACUUACAUUUACCACAAUCAGUUGAAAGUAAAGCUGAAUUAAGUCAAUUAAUGAUGGUACCACGUUUAAUAAUAACGCCACAAUCAAAUCGUCCUGUUAUGGGUAUUGUACAAGAUACAUUAACAGCCGUUAGAAAAAUGACUAGACGUGAUGUUUUUAUUGAAAAAUGUGAUUUUAUGAAUUUAUUAAUGUAUUUACCAUCAUGGGAUGGACAUAUACCACAAGCUGCUAUUUUAAAACCAAAACCAUUAUGGACUGGAAAACAAUUAUUUUCAUUAAUUUUACCACGCGAAGUUAAUUGUGUUCGUACACAUAGUCAACAUCCCGAUGAAGAAGAUUCUGGACCAAAUAAAUGGAUAUCACCGGGUGAUACAAAAGUUUUAGUUGAAAAUGGUCGAUUAUUAUCGGGAAUCUUAUGUAAAAAAACUUUAGGAACAUCGGCUGGUUCAUUAUUACAUAUUGCUUUUAUGGAAUGUGGUCAUCAUAUUGCUGGACGUUUAUAUUAUCAUAUACAACUUGUUGUUAAUAAUUGGUUAAUGUUAGAAGGACAUUCAAUUGGUAUUGCCGAUACAAUUGCUGAUCAACAAACAUAUGAUACAAUUCGAUCAACGAUUGGAAAAGCUAAACUUGAAGUUAAUAAAGUUAUUGAAAGAGCACAUCGUGAUUCAUUAGAUCCAUCACCUGGAAAUUCAUUAAGACAAACAUUUGAAAAUAUGGUUAAUGGUCUUUUAAAUAGUGCUCGAGAUAAUACAGGUUCAUCAGCUCAAAGAUCUUUAUCAGAUUUUAAUCAAUUUAAAGCUAUGGUUGUUAGUGGAGCUAAAGGUUCGUCAAUUAAUAUAUCACAAGUUAUUGCUUGUGUUGGGCAACAAAAUGUUGAAGGAAAACGUAUUCCAUUUGGCUUUAAACAUCGAACAUUGCCACAUUUUAUUAAAGAUGAUUAUGGACCUGAGGCAAAAGGUUUUGUUGAAAAUUCUUAUUUACAAGGUUUAACGCCAGUUGAAUUCUACUUUCAUGCUAUGGGUGGACGAGAAGGUCUUAUUGAUACUGCUGUUAAAACAGCUGAAACUGGUUAUAUACAAAGACGAUUAAUUAAAGCUAUGGAAUCUGUUAUGGUUAAAUAUGAUGGUACUGUCAGAAAUCAAAUCGAACAAUUAAUUCAGUUUACAUAUGGAGAAGAUGGUCUUGCUGGAGAAAAUGUUGAAUUUCAAUCGAUUAUUUCGUUAAAACCAUCAAAUCAUUUAUUUGAGCGUUUAUGUAAAUUUGAUUUAUCAUCGGGAGAAAAAUAUUUAAGAAAAUUUUUAACUGAUGAUGUUAUUAGAGAUUUAUAUACAAAUGAAUCAUUACAAUUAUUAGAUGAUGAAUGGAAACAAUUGAAUGAUGAUAGAUUAAAUCUUCGACAAAUAUUUCCCACUGGUGAUACAUCAAAAAUUGUUUUACCUUGUAAUUUAGAACGAUUAAUUUAUAAUGCCAAAAAAACUUUUUCGAUUUCAAAUCGAACACAAUCAAAUCUAUCACCAAUGCAAGUCAUUCAAGGUUUACAAAAAUUAACACAACGUCUUAUUAUUGUUAAAGGUGAUGAUCGUUUAUCACAUGAAGCUCAACAUAAUGCAACAAUGUUAAUGAAUAUUUUAUUACGUUCAUCGUUAUCAUCACGUCAAGUUCUUGAAAUUCAUCGUUUAACCGAUGAAGCAUUCAAUUGGCUUUGUGGUGAAAUUGAAACACGUUUUCAACAGGCACAAGUUCAAGCUGGUGAAAUGAUUGGAGCAUUAGCUGCACAAUCACUGGGUGAACCAGCAACACAAAUGACAUUGAAUACAUUUCAUUAUGCUGGUGUAUCAGCUAAAAAUGUAACACUGGGUGUUCCACGUCUUAAGGAAAUAAUAAAUGUUUCAAAAAAACCUAAAACACCAUCACUAACUGUUUAUUUAACUGGUCAAGCAACAAAUGAUGCUGAACAAUGUAAACAAGUUUUAUGUCGUCUUGAACAUUGUACAUUAAGAAAAGUAACUGCUAAUACAGCUAUUUAUUAUGAUCCUGAUCCUCAAGAAACAGUUAUUAGUGAAGAUCAAGAAUGGGUUAAUACGUAUUAUGAAAUGCCUGAUCAAGAUAUAACGAAUAUAUCACAAUGGUUAUUAAGAAUUGAAUUAGAUAGAAAACGUAUGACCGAUAAAACGUUAUCAAUGGAACAAAUAUCAGAAAAAAUUUGUCAAGGUUUUGGUGAUUGUCUUAAUGUUAUUUUUAAUGAUGAUAAUGCUGAAAAACUUGUUUUACGUAUUCGUACUGUUGAUCAAACAAAAUCAUCGAUGACAGACGAAUCAGAAGAUACCACACGAAUGGAUGAUGAUACAUUUCUUCGUUGUUUAGAAUCAUCAAUGCUUUCUGAUUUAACAUUACAAGGUAUUGAAGCCAUUUCAAAAGUUUAUAUGGUUAAUCCAAAAGCAGAUGAAUCAAAGAAACGUAUUCAAAUAUCAGAGAAUGGUGAAAUUGAAAGAAUUGCUGAUUGGAUGUUAGAAACUGAUGGAACUUCAUUAAAAAAGGUUUUGUCAACGAAAGAUGUUGAUUCGCGUCGAACAUUUACAAAUGAUGUUGUAGAAAUAUUUGAUGUUCUUGGUAUUGAAGCUGUUAGAAAAGCUAUUGAACGUGAAAUGAAUCAUGUGAUUUCAUUUGAUGGUUCAUAUGUGAAUUAUCGCCAUUUAGCUUUAUUAUGUGAUGUUAUGACAACAAAAGGACAUUUAAUGGCCAUAACAAGACAUGGAAUUAAUAGACAAGAUGUUGGACCUAUAAUGAGAUGUUCGUUUGAAGAAACUGUUGACGUUUUAAUGGAAGCUGCUGCACAUGCCGAACAAGACCCAUUGAAAGGUGUUUCAGAAAAUAUUCUUCUUGGACAAUUAGCAAAGAUUGGUACUGGAUCAUUUGAUUUAUUGUUAGAUGUUGAAAAAUGUUCAUCAGCUAUGGAAUUGCCAAUGAAUUUCGCUCAAGAUACAAUGAAUGAUAUGAUGCUUGGUCCGGCAAGAAAAGAAUUCGACGAACGUAAUAGACCGGGCAUUGCAACGCCUUGGAUUAAUUCAUUGUCAACAACACCAUCACAUUGGCCAUCAACACCAGCACAAAUGACACCCAUGAUACAUGGAGGAUUUUCACCAUCAGCUAAUUCUGAUACAAUUGGCUUUUCUCCAGCUUAUUCACCUGCUUAUCCAUCGUCGCCUGGAAAUAUGUCACCAUCACCAUAUACAAAUGUUCCAUCACCAUUAUCACCAUCAAACUAUCCUCCACAAUCACCGGGCAAUUAUGACGUUAGAUCACCAAACUAUUCGCCUAAUUCGCCAACUUAUUCUCCAACAUCACCAAGAUAUUCAUCAAAUGAUAUUUAUGGACAUAAAUCAUCUCAUUACAGUCCUACAAGUCCUUCUUACAGUCCAGUAACAAGUCCAACAUAUUCAGCAACUGGUGGAAAACAAGGUUCAACAUCUCCAUUCUACUCUCCAACAAGUCCAUCAUAUAGUCCAACAUCUCCUUCAUAUUCACCAAAUCGUUCAUAUUCUCCAACCUCACCAACAUAUUCAGUUCGAAGUCCAUCGUUAAAUAAUCAAUCAAAUGCAAAUCAAGGAAAUUAUCGUACAUCACCGAAAUAUAGUCCAACAAGUCCGAGUUAUUCUCCAUCAUCUCCAUCAUAUUCUCCAACAAGUCCAGGUUAUUCUCCAUCAUCACCUGGUUAUUCUCCAUCAAGUCCACGUUAUUCGCCAUCAUCACCUGGCUAUUCAACGCAUGGUCCAUCACCAAAAUAUUCUCCAUCAUCGAAAUAUUCUCCUCAAAGUCCAUCAUAUUCACCGUCGAGUCCUUCAUAUACUCCAACAAGUCCAUCAUAUAGUCCAACAUCACCCACAUACAGUCCAACAUCUCCAACUUAUUCUCCUCAAUCUCCAUCAGGUCCAUCAACACCUUCAUACAGUCCAACAUCUCCAACAUACAGCCCAACAUCACCAACAUAUUCUCCAAGUGGACAUGGUGGAAGUAGCGCAUCACCAACAUAUUCUCCAACGUCACCAACAUAUUCACCAAGUUCUCCUCAAUAUUCUCCAACAUCUCCACAAUAUUCUCCAAGUUCACCAGUUUAUAAACCUUCAGGCAAUCAAUCCGGCUAUACAUCAUCACUUUCACCAACAUCACCUCAAUACAGCCCAACAUCACCAACAUAUUCACCAUCCCAAUCAUCACCGCGUUAUAGUCCAACAUCUCCAAUUUAUAGUCCAAAUAUUGGUUCACCUCGUUAUAGUCCAACAUCUCCUCAAUAUUCUCCUCAAUCUCCUGCAUCAUCAACAAUAUCAUCAUCGAUAUCAUCACCACGUAAUAAUGAUGAUGACGAUUUAAAUGACAAUGGAGAUCUUAUGGAUUAA